AUGCGACAUGAAAAUGAUUCAAAUCCAGUUAUCAUAAAAAUACCAAAUAUGAUAAUUAGUAAGGCACGUUGGUCAUCUGAUGGUUCAAUGAUUGCAAUUUGUGGUUUACAAACAGAUUUAGAAGAUGAAAAAUGUAUGAUACAUUUUAUAACUGCUUAUGGAGAGCCUUUAAGAAAUUUGCUAGUACCAGGACAAGCAAUUACUGAUAUAUCAUGGGAAGGUGAUGGCUUACGACUUUGUGCAGCAGUUGAUAGCCAUUUAUUCUUUGCGAACAUUCGACUCGAUUACAAAUGGGCUUAUUGUGGUCAUACAGUUAUUUAUUCAUAUGAAAGAAUGGAAAGUAAAGAGCACUGCGUGAUUUUUUCAAACAAAACUUGA